AUGGACAGUGUCGAAAAUAUGGAGCAGUGGCUCCAGUGCCUUGAUGAUAUGCCAACUCCAUCACAGUUGCCACACUAUGAUAUUGAUCUUUCACCCAGAACUAUGGAUGCUAUCUUGUCAGAACUUUCUACACAGUACCCACCUCAGCUACAGGCAGAAAGCACUCUCAAUCUGACUGAAUCUGGACCGAGCAUCCCAUCUGGUGAUCAUCUGUUGCAGCUCCAGGAGAAGAUUGAUGAGCUUCAGAAGGAUUUCUCUGAAGAGGUGAGAGUUACCCAGCUUAGAGCUGAUGCAGACAAUUAA